GGUUGCCCAAGGUGGGCCUGUCUGUGUUUGUGUUAAUUUCAUUGUGGAAAACAAUUUUGGAUACAAAAACAAUCACCACUGAUAGAAAGCUAUAUCCAAAGUAUACACGAUAUGAGUUAUACAUCUAGAUAUUUUUUUCGUUCAAAUUUCCACAUUUUGCAAAGUGGAGGACCUCGAUGACUUUGAACAGUUUGGAGCAGGGAACACAUUUCGACACAACACCUGCCCUCCCUUUCGCCCCCUCCUUCUGUGAUAAAGGAAACUCCACGCAUGCGAAGUGACUCUUCUCUUUCUGCAUAAGCAAGACACAAGAGCAACUCGGGGUCCACAAUGGCCGAUGAUGACUUCUCCACCGCAGAUGCUGGCGCCUCAGCAACUUACCCCAUGCAGUGCUCUGCACUGAGGAAGAACGGCUUCGUUAUGCUGAAAGGACGUCCCUGUAAGAUAGUUGACAUGACUACCUCAAAAACUGGCAAGCACGGGCAUGCCAAGGUGCACCUCACUGGACUUGACAUCUUCACUCAGAAGAAGUAUGAAGAUAUCUGCCCAUCUACCCAUAACAUGGAUGUUCCAAAUGUGACAAGGAAAGACUACCAGAUAAUCGAUGUGUCCGAUGGUUUCCUGGCCCUGAUGGAUGAUAAUGGAGAAACCAGGGAGGACCUUAAGGUGCCAGAUGGCGACUUGGGCAAAGAAAUUGAGAAGAAAUUCAGCGGUGGAGAACAGUUUAUGGUUUCUGUGUUGAAAGCUGUAGAUGAAGAGCAUGUAGUUGGCACCAAGAACAUGACUUCUUAAUGAGCCCCAGGACAGCGUUGGAGACCUCAUCUUCCUAUUGUCCUUUAUGGUUUUGAAGCUUCACCAAAGCUACUGGCCUUCACCCCACAUUUCCGCCUGUGCCCCUGCUGUCAGCUGUAAUCUGGAAACUGGACUUGGUCAGCUUCAACUUUACCUCAGACUCAGGCCAGAAUUCUCCUCGGUCAGUCCAGACAUCCAGCCAUAGCUUUCCUUUUACAACCACACUCUGGUAUUAUUUCACAUUUCUGAUCAUGUUCCAGCAACACAUUGCAUUCCAAUCAGAAUGGAGAUUUGUGUUUUGGGUGCGUUGUGUAGAAAAUAUUAAAAUAACUUCCAAAUUUGAUUGUAAUUUCAACAAAA